AUGUCGUCAUAUGCAAAAUUUUUGAAGGAACUUCUCAUGAAGAAAAGAAAAUAUUUUGAGAAGGAAACUAUUGAGGUGCAAAGAAAUUGUAAUGCAGUCAUACAGAAGAUGUUACCUCCUAAAUUGCAAGAUCCAGGGAGUUUUACCAUUCCAUGUACCAUAGGGGACUUAGAAGUUGGGAAAGCUUUGAUUGGCUUGGGAGCUAGCAUUAAUUUAAUGCCCCUCUCUAUGUUCAAAAGAAUUAAAGGAUUGGAACUAAAGCCGACAAGGAUGACUCUUCAAUUGGUAGAUAGAUCUCUCAAAUAUCCAUAUAGAGUGGCUGAAGAUGUAAUAGUAAACGUGGAUAAAUUUUUGUUUCCAGUGGAUUUUGUUAUAAUGGAGAUGGAGUAA